UUUCUACUUUCACACAGGAAAAAUGGUCCGAAAAUCGUUUUCACAUUUUCGAUUUCGAAAAGUCUGCUCAGCUCCACAAAUACAUGCACACACACAUCAAUAAAUAUACUUUAAAGAAAGGAGAAAAAAAAAUUGACAGUCAAAAAGAAGAAAAACCUCCUCUCAGCCUUGGUGUAUUCCUUGCUAAUUCAAACAAAACUAAUCGAUUGAUCUUUUUCGCGUUCUACUCAUGGCGGAUCGAGCCUCGUACAGUUUGGCUCCCCGAUUAGAUAUUGAACAGAUAUUAUUAGAAGCACAGCAUAGAUGGUUGCGACCUGCUGAAAUUUGUGAAAUUCUUCGUAAUUAUCAGAAGUUUCAUAUUGCAUCAGAGCCUCCAAACAGACCUCCAAGUGGUUCACUUUUUCUUUUCGAUCGAAAGGUUUUAAGAUACUUCAGGAAGGAUGGACAUAAUUGGAGGAAGAAAAAAGAUGGAAAGACUGUGAAGGAAGCUCAUGAGAAGCUGAAGGUUGGAAGCGUUGAUGUGUUGCACUGCUACUAUGCCCAUGGAGAAGAAAAUGAAAACUUUCAAAGGCGCAGUUAUUGGAUGCUUGAACAGGAGUUGAUGCAUAUAGUUUUUGUCCACUACUUGGAAGUUAAGGGCAGUAGGACAAUUGGAGGCAUCAGAGAGACUACUGAUGUAUCAAAUUCCCAAACAAGCAGUCCUUCGACUUCUAGCUAUUCUGUUAGUCAUACAAAAGCACCUUCUGGAAAUACAGAUUCUGCAAGCCCAACCAGCACGUUGACAUCCUUAUGUGAAGAUGCUGAUUCCGAGGACAGUCACCAAGCAAGUUCUAGAUUCCCUACAUCACCCCAAAUAGGGAAUGCUACUAUGAUGGACAAGAUGGAUCCUGGCUUCUUGAAUCCUUAUUCUUCACAUCCCCUUCCAGGCUUAAACUGUGAUCAUGAAGGUCGGUCAUCAAUUCCUGGUGCAAAUGAAGUUUCACAUCUUCAUGGAGAUAGACCUAUGGGUAUUGACUAUGGUACUUGCAUGACUGAAGCUCAAAAAACACUUGAUUUGGCAUCUUGGGAAGGAGGCUUGGAGCAAUAUAUGCCUGUAUAUCCAGUUGCAUCUUCUCAUGCUUCAAUGGCUUCCGCCCAACCUGAUACUAUGAGCAUCAGCCAGCAACAAGUGAUGAAAGGCAAGCUAUUAGCUGUCGAGAGUGCUGACAAGGAGUUUGGAAAUCUUCUGCCAGCACAAUCAAAUUGGCAGAUUCCUUUGGCUGACAAUGCCUUAGAGUUGCCUAAAUGGCCCAUGGAUCAGUCAUCAAAUUUUGAAUUGGCAUAUGAUACUAGGUUAUUUGAGCAAAAGACUGAUGAUUUUCAUUUACCCAAUGCUCUUGAGGAAUUUACCAAUAAUGAUGUUCUAAAUGAGCAGCCUGUGCUUAAAAACCUUCAAACUCAGCUCAUCAAUGCAGAUACUAAUUCUUUCAUGAAGUCAUAUCCUGAGAAUGAUAUGCAUUUGGAGGGAAAUAUCAACUAUGCUUUCUCUCUGAAAAAAUCCUUACUUGAUGGAGAAGAAAGCUUGAAGAAAGUUGACAGUUUUUCUCGGUGGAUUACUAAAGAACUUGGAGAAGUAGAUGAUCUGCAGAUGCAGUCCUCAUCUGGUAUUGCCUGGAGCACUGUUGAGUGUGGAAAUGUAUCUGAUGAUGCCUCUUUGAGCCCCUCUAUCUCCCAAGACCAACUUUUCAGCAUAGUUGAUUUUUCGCCAAAGUGGGCUUACACGGACUUGGAAACUGAGGUUUUGAUUAUUGGAACAUUUUUGAAAAGUCAAGAGGAAGUAGCAAAAUAUAGCUGGUCAUGUAUGUUUGGGGAAGUGGAGGUUCCGGCUGAGGUUAUUGCAGAUGGCAUUCUUUUUUGCCAUGCUCCACCUCACAGUGUUGGGCAAGUCCCUUUUUAUGUCACAUGUUCCAACAGGUUAGCUUGUAGUGAAGUUCGGGAAUUUGACUACCGAGCCGGAUUUGCUAAAGGCAUACAUGUUUCACAUAUCUAUGGUGUUGCUUCAACUGAAAUGCUGCUGCGAUUUCAGAUGUUACUUUCUCUGAAAUCUCUCAGUUCUCUUAAUCAUCAUCUUGAAGGUGUUGGGGAGAAACGAGACUUGAUGGCUAAAAUUAUAUUAAUGAAAGAGGAAGAGGAAUGCCACCAGAUUGUAGACCCCUCAUCUGACAAGGAUUUGCCUCAACGUGAAGAAAAGGACUGGCUCCUUCAGAAAUUGAUGAAAGAGAAGUUGUACUCAUGGCUUCUUCACAAAAUAGUGGAAGAUGGUAAGGGGCCAAACAUAUUAGAUGAGAAGGGGCAAGGUGUACUACAUUUAGCGGCUGCACUUGGUUACGAUUGGGCGGUAAAACCUACUGUUACUGCUGGAGUUAGUAUAAAUUUUCGUGAUGUGAAUGGAUGGACUGCGCUUCACUGGGCUGCUUUCUGUGGCAGGCAAGGACCUCUAUACUUAAUCUUACUUAUUUGUGUUACACCAGCUUAACUAUUAUGGUUUAGAGCCUUCAAUUUAUAAUCU